UCUCUCCUUAACACUUUUGAUGAUGUACUUUUGUUGUAUGAUUCAAUAAGCAAUUUAAAAUUUAAUUUAAAAAUCUACUUUGUGAAAAUAAUUAAGAACUGAAAAUUUAGUGAAGUGAACAACUAAAAGACUUAACCUAUUUCGGACUAUGUGUAACCUCAUCUAAAUUUGGGAGAGGAAUAGCUCAAGGUUUUCUUAUUUUUCCUCUCCCUAUCAUUUUUGAUGAUGUAUUUAUUGUAUGAAUCAAUAAAUAAUAAAAUACUCCCUAUUCAUCAAUGUACCCCUUUCGGAAUGCUACCAGUCCUAGAAGUGGAUGGCAAAGCCGUGUGUCAAUCGAACGCCGUGGCUCGAUUCCUGGCCCGGCAAUACAAUCUGGCAGGCAAGGAUGAGUGGGAAGCUCUACAGUGUGACUCCCUGGUCGACACCCUGGGUGACUUGAAACAAGUUCUGUGGUACUACCGGUCAGAGCAAGAUCCAAUCAAAAAAGAGGAACGGAGAGCCACCUUACUCAAAGAGACCAUUCCAUUCUAUUUGAGAAAAUUUGAAAAAGUCAUAUCAGAGAAUGGAGGAUUCUCAGUAGGAAACUCGAUAACAUGGACUGAUUUCGUGUUUGCAGUUUCACUGGAGAAUUUUGAGCUCAUAUUUGGAAAAGAUUCUCUGGAGCCUUACCCUCAUCUAAGAAUCCUCAAAGAGAAGGUGUUCGCACUCCCCAGCAUCAAGGCUUGGAUAGACAAAAGACCACAAACUGAAUUCUAAAGAAAACAAGAUAUAUAAAUAAAUAUGUCUUGUUGCAAAGCCAAUUAUGUCUUCAUGUCCAAUCUUACUAUGUAUCAAGAUCAAUUGGUGUAACUUAAACCGAAGGUAUAUUGAGUAAUCUGUCAACAGAAAAUAUUAUCCAUUUUUUCUUUUCUUAUAACUUUCAUUUUCAUUGGAACACACAGAAAAGUGGAUUUUAGAGAUAGUCAUACAAUAGUAUAGAUUAGAUCACAUCCAUUGAAAUUAUCAACUUAAUUUCAGAAAUAAUAUGUGGAUAUACACUCUAUAUUAAACCAUUAUUUGAAACAUUUAUUUGACAUUUGAAAAUUAUUAAUGAAUUUCCUGCUAAUGAUGCAAGAAGAAAAAUUAACAAAAUUAGCAAUGAACAAACCAUAUCAUGUAUUUAUCAAGUGAAACUGCUAUUUGUAGAUAGAUUUUGUCAGCCCAUAAAUACUGGAAAAAUAGUGUCAGUGUCAAAACUUGUAGAAAAUCAGAGCUUUAACCUGAAAAGUUAUCUUCCCUACCGAUAUUUUGAUAAAGAAGUUUUUCAUUAAGUUGAGGAGUCUCCAAUCAAUAGAUUAUAUUGGAUCAGAAAAUCAAAUCAAAUGAGAAAAUUUGCUAUUUUCAUAGUCGCAACGUUUUGAGCUUAGAAAUCAUCCAAUAUUUUUGAAAUGAAGUUUAUGAGGAGCUAAUUUGUUAUUCUUUUGAAUGCUUGAGAUCAUAUAGUAACAUAAUAGAAUAAGUAAGUGUAUACCAACAUUGUCAAUAGCUAUAAAAAUAUAUAAUACAGUGAUUUAUAAAAAAUAUGACAGCUGCAAUGCUUUAUAUAGGAAUAGAUUGACCAAGUAUUGUAACAAUGAACAUAAUACUUCAUAACAAAGCUGUACCGUAUAAAAUAGUCUAUAAUGUUCCAUUUAUAGUUUGUUACCAAAACCAUGUUGUUGUUCUUGUUGUUGUUAUAUUGAUGUUGUUGCUAUAUAUCAUGAUGAAUUAAUUAUGUAUAUUCUACUUUAAGGAACAUUCACACCCUUGAUAUCUGCAUUUAUAGUAUGACGUAUUAGGCUUGUGUAUUACAAUAGAGUGAGGUCCAUGUUAUAAUGGUAGUAUAUUGUCUCAUCAACAUUGGUGUUGCCAUCCUUGUCUAUCAUUCGACAAAGCAGUAAGCGCUAUCCUUUUCUAGCUCCGAAACUUUGUCAGAUCGUUUUUCAAUGUAGAAUUAUAAUUAAUUAACUAAUUGAAUGAGAAAGACUAAGAAAUUGUCAAAAAAACACUGAUUUAUUGAUAAUUAGAAAGACCGGUUUCGGUUAUUACACCAUAUUAUUUCUUAGUCUUUUUCAUUCGAUAUGAAUAAUUACCACAAUAUCAACUUCUCAACUACACAAAAAGUGUAAUUAACUAAUAAUUAAUCACAAUCAUGAAAACUUAUUAUCAUAAAUUAUUGAAAAAUAUAUGUUUUUGAUGAAUAGAAUAGCCUAUAAUUGCUUAUUUCAAACAAAAAUGAACAGUUAAUAUUACAUAAGAUAUUAGCUACCCUCUAUGGAAAGCAGUGGCAAGGCAAAGAAUCGGCAACUCUGCUCUCCUAUCACUCUCCACUGCCAUUAUAACGUGGACCUCACUAUAUACGACACACCAGACUGGGACACCAGUAAGAUGCUCUCUCACUCCCAUUAGUUAUUAUGGCACUUAUUAGAAUAGUGUGAGACUCCAUUAGGACACCAAAAUCUGGUUUGUUGACUGGUGUCCCUAGUCUAAUAAGCGACAACUUAUGCCCCGUGACUCGAUUGGACAUCAAUAAUGGGGGAAUGGGAUGUCGUCUCACUUUUGUGUCCUAGUUUGACCUGACCUGGCGUCUUAGUUUGGUGUCCCAGUGUGACAUGAGUCUAUAUAGUAAAGUCAUUAAUGUAAAUCCCUUAUCUUACCUAGGUACUUCCCCUGAUAGAA